AAAUAAUUAAAUUAUGAGAAGAUAUUUUGUAGGUGGUAAUUGGAAAUGCAAUAACACUAUAGCAUAAACAUAAAGUUUGAUUAACACAGUCAUUAACAAACUUGUAUUCGAUGCAAAUAAAGUUGGUAAUUAAUAAUUAAUAUUAUUUAGAGGUUGCUGUUGCUCCAAUUUUCUUACAUGUUCCAUGGGUUUAAGCCAAUAUUCAAAAGAAUGUUUAAGUGGCUGUUUAAAACUCAUCUUUGACUAAGAUGGGAGCAUAUACUGGUGAAAUCAGUGUUGAACAUGUAAAAGAUCUUGGAAUUCCUUGGGUUAUUUUGGGACAUUCUGAAAGAAGAUAAUAUUAUGGUGAAAGCAAUGAAAUAGUUGGAAAGAAAACUAGAUUAGCUUUAGAUCAUCAACUUAGUGUUAUGGCAUGUGUUGGUGAAAAAUUAGCUGAAAGAGAAUCUGGUAAUACAACAUAAGUGAUCUAAGCAUAAUUAGAGGCAAUUAAAAGUAAUUUAAUAAUAAUAUUUUUAUAGAGGAAUUGACAACAGAAUAAUGGAGCAAAGUUGUAAUUGCUUAUGAACCAGUUUGGGCUAUUGGAACAGGAAGAACAGCAUCACCAGAUUAAGCUUAAGAUGUUCAUGCUUUUAUUAGAGGAUGGCUUAGAGCAUAACUUGGAACAUAAGUAUAUGAAAUUAUAAUUCAUUUUAGGUUGAAUAAGCUACUAGAAUUAUCUAUGGUGGAUCAGUCACUGAAAAGAAUGCUGCUGAUCUUAUUAAAUAAUAAGAUCUUGAUGGAUUUUUAGUUGGAGGUGCCGCUUUAAAACCAGGAUUUGCAGAUAUUAUAGCUGCUGCAAACACAGCUAGAUGAAUAUUUUGACAAUAAUACAUCAAAUAUAAAUAAAUAAAAU